AAUUUUAUAAUUUAUGUGCAUACAAUCUUAUUGUACGGGAAUGGAUGAGAACUUUCAGAAGUAAGAGGAGCUCUCUUUAGUCUGAACUUUGUUCAAUCUUCUUCUACUUUCAGCUAGAUACAGUGACUGCAUAAAUGGAAGAAAAGAUCUACAGAGCAGCUCAUGUUCUUGUAAUUCCUUAUCCAAGGCAAGGUCACAUCAACCCAGCUCUUCAAUUAGCCAAACGUUUAGCUUCCAAGGGUCUCAAAACCACCAUAGCCAUAACCAAAUUCAUCUUCAAGACCAUUCAGCCUCAGCCCCCGAGCUCACUGCAAUUCGAAACCAUUUCCGACGGCUUUGACGAGCGAGGCCGCUUCGCAGAAGCUGUAAGUGUCCAUGAUUAUCUCCAAAAGAUGGAAGCUGCAGGCUCAAAAACCCUAGCGGAGCUCAUUACAAAGUAUAAAAACUCCUCCAACCCUAUCGACUGCAUCGUUUAUGACACUUUUUUGCCUUGGGCUCUGGAAGUGGCCAAGCAGUUUGGAUUGCUUGGAGCUGCGUUUUUCACUCAGACGUGUGCGGUUAACUAUAUUUAUUAUCUUGUCUAUAAUGGGUUGUUGAAGGUUCCGGUUUCUUCGACGGCAGCACCAGUGUCCAUCACUGGAUUGCCGUUGCUUGAGCCUCAGGAUUUGCCGUCUUUCGUUUAUGUUGCAGGUGAAUAUCCGGAUUACUUUGAGAUGUUGUUGGGCCAGUUUUCCAACACAGAUAAAGCUGACUUCCUUCUAGUCAAUACCUUCUACGAGUUAGAAGAUGAGGUUGUGAAUACAAUGCAUAAAAUUUGUCCAGCACUGCUAACAGUUGGUCCAACAAUUCCAUCUUUCUACUUGGAUAACCGCAUUGAAAAUGACAAAGACUAUGAUCUCGAUCUCUUGAAAACAGACAAAACCAUUUGCAUUGAUUGGCUCAAUGCAAGGCCAAAAGGCUCUGUCGUUUAUGUGUCAUUCGGUAGCAUUUCUAGCCUAAGCCACAAGCAAAUGGAGGAGCUUGCAUGGGGCUUGAAGCAAACCGAUUUCCACUUUUUGUGGGUGGUAAGAGACUCUGAGGACUUAAAGCUCCCAAAAGGGUUCAUCGAAGAGACAACCAACAAGGGGUUGAUAGUGAAAUGGAGCCCUCAAUUGGCAGUGCUUUCAAAUGAAGCUUUGGGGUGUUUCUUCUCCCAUGCCGGGUGGAAUUCGACUAUCGAGGCACUGAGCUUGGCGGUGCCAAUGGUGGUGAUGCCGCUAUGGACUGACCAGCCGACGGAUGCCAAGCUUGUUCAAGAUGUUUGGAAGGUGGGAAUUAGGGUGGUGGUUGAAGAGAAUGGGAUUGUGACAAGAGAUGAGAUUGAGAAAUGUGUAAGGAAAGUAAUAGUGGGGGAGAAAGCAAGAGAAAUGAAAUUGAAUGCUGAGAAAUGGAGGAAAUUGGCCAUAGAGGCAGUAAGUGAAGGAGGUUCUUCUGAUAAAAAUAUUGAUGAAUUUGUAUCUAAGUUAGGAACGACCAGUUAUAAGUAUUAUUGAUGAACAAAUUCUUCUAAAUUUGUGAAGUCAAAUCAAUGAUAAAUUAAAUAAAUAUUGCAUAUUUCUUAUCAAA